GGAAAAAAGAGAUGUUUUGAAGUCAAACGGUCCAUUAAAGACAUAUUAAUCAAUCCCACUAUCCCAGACUAGUUGUUAUUCAACGAAUAUACAAAGAUGAUAUUUGGCUAUACAUAAAAAUACCAAUUACUUAAAUUCAACAAUAUCUAGAUGGAAGGAUAACAAGAGGGCGUUUGGGUGGCGGUUGGGUUGUUCGUACAAUUUAAUAGAAUUAAAGGUGUUUUGGUCCCCGUAUAUAUAUAUAUAUACACACACACAAAGACCGGGCAUUUCUUUAAAAGGGUGUUUUUAUAUUCUUGUGUGCAUGCAAAAACAAAGAAGAAUCCAUCGGAAUAUAUAUCCGGAGAUCGGAAAAAAAAUGGAGAGUAUGAGAGAGAUUCUGAGACACCCAGAUGAAAUUUAUCCGAUCCUGAAGCUGAGAAUGGCUGCGAAGAGAGCGGAGAAGCUGAUCCCACGGGAGAGCCAUUGGGGAUUCUGCUUCUCCAUUCUUCCCAAGGUUUCUCGAAGCUUCUCUCUCGUUAUCCAAUAACUCGGUCCCCUGCUCCGCGAUCGACGCCGUAUGUGUGUUCUACCUGGUUCUCCGUGCCCUGGACACCAUUGGUUAGUGUCUCUUGCCAUUUCCAAAACAUGAAGAAAUGGUUAUGUAACCUUAACCUUUUUUCCUUAUAUGUACUCUACAUUAUAUAUAUACGUUCUGUACAUAUUGGGUACUCGGUGAUUUUACAUCUAGAAACCCUAGAUAAAACCCUAACAGAUAUUUAUAAUAAUAUAUAGCAUCUUUGAAAGAAGAGAGACUUUCCAAUUAUUUUGUGUGUGUGUACAGUAUGAUGCAGAGGAUGAUAAGAGCAUACCGAAUGAUGCCAAGGUUGCCAUGCUGAUACAGUUCCAUCGUCACAUAUGCGACCGUGGCUGGCACUUCUCAUGUGGUACGAAGGACGACAAGGUUCUGAUGGAUCAAUUCCACCAUGUCUCAGCAGCCUCUAUUUUCAUGUUUGGUCAAUUUACGUAUCAAGAGGCUAUAGAGGAUACCACUCUAAGAAUGGGUGCGGGAAUGGCCAAGUUCCUUUGCAACGAGGUUCGUGAUUACCUCGAGGACAUCAACGAGAUUCCGAAGCCACGCAUGUUUUGGCCGCGCCGGAUAUGGGGCAAAUAUAUCGACAGGCCUGAGAUGGCCAUUGUCUCUGCAUAUCCCAAAGCAAACCGACAGACGGUACAACCAAUGUAAAAUGUCAUCUCUCUCUGCUUUUGUGGCAGAAGAUCGACGAUUCAGGGUAUCGGAUGGAUUACCAAUGAGUUGAGUAACUGGACUGUAGUUGUAAUACGAAGAAGAUAGCAUCAAAUGAUGAAAAACCAUACCAUUACCAUCUUUGAGUGUAUUCAUCUUACAAAAUUCAUUCAUAUAAUGAUAUAACAUGUAAACCAACA